CACCAAUAAUUGCAUGUGGGCCGCUUCCUCUGCUCGCCACAACUCUAUCGCCAACACAUACAAAUGUAUAGUUGGCUUGGCUCAACCGUGAAGAAGCUUUCACCAUCUUCAUUCGUUUCAUACAUUGUUACUCCUUGACGGUAAAUGAGAUGUGGAGCAACCUCCCCUUUGAUGUCCUCUCCAAUAUCUUCUCCUUCCUGCCCACCGACUCCCUGGCCCGAGCCAAGCUAACCUGCCGGAAUUGGCGUGUGUGCGCCACAUCUUACUCGCUGAACUCAGGGACGGUGCACCGGCACCAGCCACCAUGGUUCCUGGCUUUGCCCUUGCGGGGCCGUGGCCUAUCCUGUUACGUCCACAACCCGCAUACUGAUAACUGGCAUUCCGUCUCUCUCGAUUUCCUGCCUGAACCGGUCCGGCCUGCAGCCUCCAUCAGCGGGCUCCUCCUCUUAAGGCCAACUAGCUCUAUGGUUUUCCAGCUAGCCAUAUGCAACCCGUUCACUCGGCAGUUCAGGUGUCUUCCAAUGCUCAAUAGGAUCCGCACGAACCCUGCCCUUGGUGUAGUCGUACCAGGCUCGGUCUGGUGCAACUCAACUCCUAGAUUCUGUGUCUACGUAGCCGGAGGAAUGUCUGAUGGGGGCGCGUCGUAUGAGCCGACCCUGGAGGUGUAUGAGUCCUUUACCAAUAAGUGGCGAAUCUUGGCUCCGAUGCCAAUGGAGUUCGCAGUCAGGCUGACCGUUUGGGCCCCAAACGAGAGUGUCUAUGUGGAGGGUUCACUCUACUGGGUGACAUCUGCCCGGGCCUACAGCGUGAUGGGUUUUGAGAUUGAAGGCGGCAGGUGGCGAGAGCUGAGCGCUCCAUUUGCCGACCGCCUGGAGUUUGCGGGGCUCAUUCAGCUCAAUGGGAAGCUGGCCCUUGUCGGAGCCACAUGCGGGGAACCGGCCUGCGUGUGGCAGCUCAAUGAGGAAGGCGUGUGGGUGCUGAUCGUGAAGGUUCCAGUCGAUCUGGGGGUGAGACUACUUGGGGGGAAACUGAGCUGGGCGAGCAUGAAGUGCGUGGGGAUUGAUGGGGCAGUUUGCUUGUACAGAGACAUUGGGUCUGGGAUGAUUGUUUGGAGAGAAACGGAAGAGAAGGGCAGAAGGGAAUGGAAUUGGGUCGAAGGGUGCUGUUCCAUUAGAGGCAAACAGGUCCAUAACUUUGCAGCCAGAGGAGUUCUUUUUCAUCCAAAUAUCUCACCGUCAUCCUUCCCGUGAAAUAAAUCGAAAACUAUGACAGUUCAUUCAUUCAUCGA